UAUUCUGUCAUCAGUCAAUUUGGAAAUGGGCAUCAAUUCUGGAGCAUCAAUUCUGGAGCAUCAAUUUACACGACCACAUUACCUAAAAAUAACUACAUAACUAGUAAUAUCGUGCUACAACAGGUAAAUCUGCACAAUAAUUUUUUAAGCGUGUACAUGUUAAAUUUUUUUCUUAAUCUUCUGUUGGAAGGUAUAUUUAUUUUGAAAUGUCUUCCUUUUUGGAGGCUUUGGUUAGUUAAUCGUGUCUCAUUCAACAUCACACAAUUACCGAUAAUGACAUCUUUCUGAAGAUAAGAAAUGUAAGUUGGACAAUAUCAUCUUACGACCUGCAAAAAGUGAGCACUAAUUUUCUAUUAACAUACUGCCACAAAGUUGAAAGUUGAAACACAAAGUUGGAAACUUCUGUUCUUUUACUAGUUUUUUAUAAACAUUGGACGAGAAAUUCUAUAUCGUUAAUUACCCAUCCACCUGUGUGAUAGUGGCUUGAUUUAACAUAAAUUUACAUAUUUUUAAAUCCUUAUUUAUAUUAUAUAAUAUUCAAAUGAAUUAGGAUGGCAAUAUGAAUUGCCACCUUAAUUCAUAUUAUCAUUACUACCACAAUAAUUAUACCUAUUAUUCAAAUCGAAGACAGUAAACUACAUGUUACAUCUAUCACUGCCCAUGAUAAUAGUAUUUCAAAGAAUUGUGUAUUCGUGAAUCGCAAACUUGAUUGUGGACUUUCGGAAAGUUAAAUAAUGCAAAAUCUACUGCUGGAAAUAUAUAUUAUCAACCUUGUACUAGUGGCGCAACUUUUUUGGUUCGACGUGACUCUAAGCCUCCAAUUUCCACCUUACAUAAACAUAUUCCACGUCAGAAUGAUAUGAUCCAUAUCAACCAAUAUCAUUCACUCACAUAAGAUAACAGUCCAUCAUCUCAUCACAUAAACAUCCACAAGUAUACACCACUCAUUUAUUGUAAGGAAAGAAUCAACCUCUUCCCAUAUUAAAACCCCAUCAGCCCCUUCCUAUCUUUUCUUGAUUCCAAAUUUUCAUUUAGCUAAGCCAAUAAAAGAGCAUCAACAUCAUAUCUAGUAACAAUGGCCACAGUCACCUCUGCUGCUGUUGCUAUCCCAUCUUUCACUGGCCUUAAGGCUGGUGCUUCCUCAGCUUCUAGAGUUAGCACCACCGCCAAGGUGGCCGCCUCUACCCCGGCCACCAAGUUGGCGGUCAAGGCGUCUUUGAAAGACGUCGGUGCUGUUGUUGUCGCUACUGCUGCUAGUGCUAUGCUUGCUAGCAAUGCCAUGGCUAUUGAAGUGUUGCUUGGUAGCGAUGAUGGCGGUCUUGCUUUUGUUCCUGGAAACUUCAGCGUUAGCGCCGGUGAGAAAAUUACGUUCAAGAACAAUGCCGGGUUCCCCCACAACGUUGUAUUUGAUGAAGAUGAAAUCCCAGCUGGUGUGGAUGUAAGUAAGAUUUCCAUGUCUGAAGAGGAGUAUUUGAAUGGACCAGGGGAGACUUACUCUGUCACUUUGAGUGAGAAAGGAACUUACACUUUCUACUGUGCGCCUCACCAGGGAGCUGGAAUGGUUGGCAAAGUUACUGUUAACUAAUUUCUCACUUUUGUAUCAUGUAAUACUUGAUUUGAAUUCGCAUCGUUUCACCAUUUUCGUUUCAAUAUUGUCCUUCUUUUUGAGGUAAGGAGAACUCAGAAGAGUUGCAUAUUUAUGUUGCUGGGGAUUUAUCAUGGUUGAGGACUUGAGGUAAAACUUAAAUAAUAUCAUUUUGUGAUUAAUACCAA